UGUUUCAACUGAUCAAGUCCCUUCAGAAGAAUCCUUGCUGAAGAAGACAACCAAAAAAAAAAAAAGGCAACCAACAUACAUUACACCUAUGAAAUAUCUUUUACUGCAUCAUAUUUCGAAAGGUGUGUUAAAACACCUACCUUUCGUUGACUGAACUUCCCACUUUCGGAGAGCAGGUUUUUCAUGUAUUGAGCUUUAAAAAAAGUGUGCAAUUAAACAUAUGAGAUAUUGAUCCUUUAUGCUGAAAUAUAUUGAUUAAAACUCAACUUUUUGAGACUUUAUUUCAUGGAUGGAGAAGAACCACAUUUCCACUACUGCCAGUGUUCUGCCGAGAUUUCAUCCAACCCGAAAUGCAUGGGCGAAUUUAGGAUGGAUUUUUUCUAGUAUUCCUGGGUUUGAAAAAGAUCACCCAUACGUGUUUGUGUUCCCUUCUACGAAUCCAAAGGCAGGUUGCAUUUUCAAGCUUUUCCACAAUCCUAAACUUGAGUCUUCGUUUCUUGAGAUUUCCAAGUGCGAUGACCUUGUUCUAAGCAAUGUUUCUAUCUCUGCGAUUCAACCAGUCGAGUUAAGCCACGUCGACUUAUGCAUCUGGCGCGAUGUUCCCACAGACACGAAUGCACUCCUUGGGUUGUACCGUGAAGGAAGUGCUCCCUUGAAGGUUGGCGAAUUUCUUUCGGAUAUUAUUCAGGUUGUCCAGUGUAUCCCUGUAACACAAGGUUACAUUACAUCUCAUACCCAAGUAAAAAUCCAAGUUGUACCUGAUACAAAUCCUUUACCUUCCUUUGAAGACCUGUCAUUACUUUCUACAAAGGAACCAUUUUUUAUAUCUGUUGCUACGGAGCUUCUGGUUGAAGAGUUGAACAUAUCUACGGAGGCCGAUUGUUCCUUUGCGAAAUGCUACAAUGCUUUUUUGCAUCCUAUAUCGCUGUCUUCGCAAGGAAAAAGGAAGGGCUCUUGGAUCAAGCUUAAAACACUUCAAGGUAAUUUCAUUUAUGCCAAGGCUAUUCCUACAUGUGAUAUCGCUGAAAAUGUCGUCCGAAUGCCUCCAACCCUUUCUUCACUUCUCAGAGAAAAUGAGACCAGUUGUAUUUUGGAUAUGGAUUCUCCAACAGUUGUUACUGCGAAAAAGAUAAGAUUAAGAUGUAUUUCUAUCCCUUUUCCUUUGGAUACUACUUUACACAAAAAAGUUUUGGAUUUUGCGCGGGAGGUACUUUGCCGUGGAACUGAAUUAUACCCUAAGACUAUGUUCACACUGUGCAUAGAUAACAAGUCAAAUUAUUUUCAUGAUUUCCAUGUUCCUUUUAAUGAAUCUUCGCAGUUCGUUUGGUUCAUGAUGGAUGAGGUUGAUGCUCCAGCAGGAGAGAUCUACUUCAUUGAUCAUUCUACUGAAGUCGAAGUUUAUAUCAAUAAGACUUUGAGCUUCCUUCCAUCUCUUAAAAAAAGGCUCCUUCCAUUCGUUACAACUAAUGCUGUCUCGCGAAAACUAUACAAUAUGCUUAAAGCCCUCUAUUUGCGUCCCCAUUCGUCAGUACAUCACCCGUUUUACAUAAUAUCAGGAUGGAAAUUUUUAGAAAUGAACGAGAUUGUUUCAUGUAUAUCUUCUAACCUGGGAGUUCCAUUGUUUUCGGUUUCUUGUUACGACCUUGUUGACUUGGACAGAAAAAAAGUUGCUUCAAAAAUAACUGAAUUUUUGAAGCCUUUAGAAUGUUAUCCUUAUGGACUUAUUGUUGUCAAGGAUUUAAACGUUCUAAAUUUACCGAUUGAAGGUUCUUCUAACAAUGUUAAUCCACAGAUAAUCACGAUUUUUAAAGAAGUAUUGGAUUCAUUCUGUAACAAUCGGUUCGCUAUUGUUGGAGCCGCCACAAACAUUGAUUCUAUUCCUGAGGAAAUUAUGGCAGAAUCCUUUUACGAAUUCACUUUUUCCAAUUUAACUGAUGAAGAAAGACUGGAACUACUUAGAAUACUAUCUAAGGACUUCCAUAUUGAAAAAAGCGUUAAUUUUAUGGAAAUAGCAAAGGCAACGAGUGCGUUUUCCUUAUCUCAGCUAAGUGCUUUGGUUGAAACUUCAUUAUUAAGGGCAAUAAGGCGUCUUAAAGAAAAUAGUUACCUUGAUUUUUCAAUUCAAAGCUCUGGUCCUACAAUAUUACAGGAUGACAUUUAUAAAGAAAUUGACGUUCACAGAAAAGAAGCUGUUAAUGGCGAAUUUAAAGUUCCAAAAGUAAAAUGGGAAGACGUCGGAGGUCUAGAGGAAGCAAAGAAUAUUUUGAAAGAUACUUUGCAACUACCUUUACUAAGACCAGAACUUUUUGACAAGGGAGUAAAUAUUCGAGCUGGUGUUUUAUUGUAUGGACCACCAGGAACAGGAAAGACGCUACUGGCCAAAGCUGUAGCUACGGAAUUAUCUUUAAGUUUUUUGAGUGUGAAAGGACCAGAACUUCUGAAUAUGUAUGUUGGUGAAUCAGAAGCUAACAUGCGUGAAAUCUUUACAAAAGCCAGAAAUGUUGCACCUUGUAUAAUUUUCUUUGAUGAACUGGAUUCAGUUGCCCCUAAAAGAGGCAAUUCUAGCGAUAGUGGGAACGUCAUGGACAGAAUAGUCAGUCAACUUUUAGCAGAACUUGAUGCAGUUCAAAAAUCAGACGAAUUCGUAUUUGUUGUCGGGGCCACCAAUCGUCCAGAUCUGCUGGACCCUUCACUUCUUCGCCCAGGACGAUUUGAUAAAAUGGUAUAUCUUGGAAUCAAUUCUACGAUAGUUGCUCGUGAAAAAGUCCUUCGAACAAUCACCAGAAAAUUUAAGUUAGGGGAAGACGUCGAUUUCCAUGUUAUUGCAAAGCAAUGCACAAAUAACUUAACAGGAGCUGAUCUUUAUGCUCUGUGUGCAGAUGCUCUUUCCCUAGCUUUAAAACGGAAAACAACAGAGGUUGAAGAGGCUGUCAGAAACUCAGAUAUAUAUGCUUCUAUUGAAGAUUUCCUACAUGCGCAUGAGGACCAAGAUGUUCUUGAUCUUCGAAUACAACAAUAUGAUUUUGAAGUUGCGCUGCAAAAGCUAAACCCUAGUGUAUCUGAAUUGGAAUUGGAACACUACAGUCGUUUAAAAGAACAGUUUCAAAAUGAUUACAAAGGCACGGGAUAAAAUCUGAAUAUAUAGACUGCUCGUAAAUAUUAGACCUGCACUCGUUGUUCGAUUCGUUUGAGCCUUUUUUACGAAUUAACUUGCAAGCAGAAUCUGUUUCAAUGAAAGUCGUUUUAAAAUCGUUUAAUCGGAUUCCAUGCACAUCAAUAACCCCUGCAUUAGUUGAGAUUGAGUCUCAGGCCCAUUGUAUUCCAACACUUUUUGAGCAGUCGAGGUCUCUUUUGAUAAUUGUUCAAGUACAUUUAACAAAUCUUUACCGUUCUCUUUGUCAACGGAUUGUAAAUGAGUUUGUAUGCAAGCCAUAUUGGCAGCCAUUUCAUUACCAAUAGCUUCUAAUUCAGACAAGAAAUGCUGGCACAAAGUUUCCACUAACAUACUUUCAUUCUUGAAAUCAGAAGUAGAAUUGGAGUUAUUGUUUUGUAAAUCACGGAAGUCAUGUUGCUCCGUCUUUUUUGUACACUCCUCCAGCAAGUGAUUUGAAAAGGCAAUCACUUCCAAUUCUUGUUUAUCAGAAUAUUUUUCAAAUUGUUUUAUAUAGCUGUUCGCGUUUGAAAGUGACUUUUUAACCAUAAUGAAUUACACAGAUAAAAUUACUCGUGGUUGGUUCUUGGCAAGGAUAUACGCGUCCGAAUCUUUGGUACACAAAUAAUCGCAUCCAUAUUUCAGUUCUACUAGUACUACUUUUAAGAGUUAUAUAA